AAUAAUUUGCGGCAUUGUAAAAUGAUCGGUCUCAUACACUGCAGAGUGCAGACCUUUCUCCAGUCCACUACACUUUAAACCUUCGAUCCUUUUCAAUUCGAACUCAGAAUCUCACCGGCAGAGCGCAGUGAAGUGUUGAAAGAUCAGGAAUCCUGAAUCCAUGGGCUCCAACACCGAUUCCUGUGACCGGCGCGUGGGCCUCAUAUACGACGACCGAAUGUGUAAGCACACAACCCCCGACGACGAGGACCACCCCGAAAAACCGGACCGAAUUCGUGUCAUUUGGAACCGCCUCCAAUCUUCCGGCAUCGCUAAGAGAUGUGUAAUUUUGGAUGCAAAAGAAGCUGAGGAUAAACAUAUAGCUCUUGUUCAUACUAAAUUUCACAUUGACUUGAUUAAAAGUAUAAGUUCUGCAAAGUUAGAUUCACGAAGAAAUUCGAUUGCUGCUCAGUUUAAUUCCAUAUAUUUCAAUCAAGGGUCAUCAGAGUCCGCUUAUCUUGCUGCUGGUUCUGUCAUAGAGGCUGCUGAGAAAGUUGCCAAUGGAGAACUUGAUUCUGCCUUUGCUAUUGUAAGGCCUCCUGGACAUCAUGCAGAGAAGAAUGAACCCAUGGGAUUUUGCCUGUACAAUAAUGUUGCUAUUGCAACAAGUUACUUAUUGAAUGAACGAAAAGAUUUGGGCAUUAACAAAGUUUUAAUUGUUGAUUGGGAUGUUCACCAUGGAAAUGGUACUCAAAGUACAUUUUGGAAGGAUCCCCGUGUACUUUUCUUUUCUGUUCAUAGGUAUGAGUCUGGGAGUUUCUAUCCAGCUGGUGGUGAUGGAUCCCAUCUGAUGACUGGGGAAGGGUUAGGAGCAGGAUAUAACAUAAAUGUGCCUUGGGAGAAUGGCCGUUGUGGUGAUGCAGACUAUCUUGCAGUUUGGGACCAUAUAUUAACUCCUGUGGCAAAAAAGUUCUGUCCUGACAUGGUUUUCGUCUCUGCAGGAUUUGAUGCUGCUGUUGGUGAUCCUCUCGGUGGAUGUCGAGUUAGUCCAUAUGGGUACUCAGUAAUGUUGAGCAAGUUAAUGGAGUUUGCUGGAGGGAAGAUUGUUUUGGCACUUGAAGGGGGAUAUAACCUUGACUCUAUAGCAAAGUCAGCCCAAGCAUGUGUUGAAGUAUUGUUGCAACAAAAGCCUAUUCCCGGGUCAUCGGAGGCUUAUCCAUUUGAAUCCACAUGGAAAGUAAUUCAAAAUGUCCGUGAAGAAUUAAGUGCAUUUUGGCCGACACUAUCGGAGAAGUUAGCUGACAAAGUAACCAGUGAAAGAGCACCUUAUGUUCAUAUCAUUAGCUCAGAUUCUGAAGAUGAAGAUAGCGGUACACAUACAGUAGCUGAAGAUCUUGAUAAGGUCAUUGAUAAUGUGAUAGUACCACUUUCGAGCCUGAAAGUUAAUGAGGACGCUGCUGACCAAGCCAUUGCUGUUUCUUCCACUUGGCGAUCAGAACUUCAAAAGAUAGGGAUUUGGUAUGCCACUUUUGGAUCAAAUAUGUAUUUUCCAAGAUUGCGCUGCUAUAUUGAAGGUGGAAAGGUUGAAGGAAUGCAAAACCAAUGUGCUGGUGCAAUGGACAAAAGCCUGCCAAAGGAGAUCAUAUGGAAGACCAUCCCCCAUCGGUUGUUUUUUGGUCGUGAUCAUACGGUUACAUGGGGCCAUGGGGGUGUUGCUUUUCUUCAUCCUGAAAGCACUCAAGACAAAGCUUACACAUGCCUCUAUAGAAUCACGCUUGAUCAGUUCAAUGAUAUUUUACUUCAGGAAAAUGAUCCAAACUAUGACAUGAGAGCUCCUUUAUUUGAUUUGAUUGCUUUACACUCUAUUGAAAACGAAAAAACCAUCUCAGUGGAGGCUGUAAAGAGAGGCUGGUACCACAAUGUUCUUUACCUGGGGAAGGAGGGUGGAAUCCCAAUCCUAACAAUGACGUGUACCUCGUCAGAUGUCGAUAGCUUCAAAUCAGGUAAGUUUCCGAUCCGUGCACCUCCCAAAGCCUAUGCUGAUGUCCUGAUCAAAGGAUUGGUGGAAGGGAAGCAGCUCUCAGAAGAGCAGGCCUCAGCGUACAUACAGGAUGCUUAUACCAGACCGUUGUGAAUUGAAGUUGGUUGAUUUUUUGUAAAGUCGUAGCAAUUCUAGUAGUGGCCCUCCCCUGGUGUUAAUCAAUGAAUGUAUUGGAACAAAUUGUUUUUGUAGACCUAAAGAAUUGGGGUUUGUACUCCCUCAGUACUUCUUUCUUCGUCAGAAGAUGUGUGUAGCAUCAUUCUAGUAUAUGGUAUAUGUAAUGUGCUAUUCAGGAACUCUUCUUGACAUGGUGUUUUUUGUUAAGUUCUUGACUUUAUUUUAA